AUGUUUUACGAUCUCAACGUGCCGUGCGGCCCAGACGAUCCCGAGCUCUAUCCAACUUUAAGCUUUCUUGCAGAACUCGGUUACACAACGAUCGCCCUUUCGCAAACUCUCAACGGAAAGCUUCCUCCAAAUCCUACUCCCCCACCUGUUCCCACCAAUGUUCCCAAGGGCCUGACAAUACUCACCCGCGUGAACCUACCACUCUCCGACCCCACGCAGAAUCAGCGACUUACCACCCUCACCCAAGCGUAUGAUCUAGUAGCAAUCCGCCCAGCGAAUGAAAAGGCCCUGUUGAAUGCAUGCACCAAUCUGGAAUGCGACGUGAUUUCCUUAGAUCUCUCCGUGCGACAGCCGUACCACUUCAAGUUUAAAAUGCUCUCCGCCGCUAUCGCACGAGGAAUUCGCUUUGAAAUAUGCUACGGCCCGGGAGUCACGGGGAGCGGCGCCGACGCCCGGCGCAACCUCAUCGGCAAUGCUAUGUCGCUGAUCCGCGCAACACGCGGAAGAGGAAUCAUUAUCUCGAGUGAGGCCAGGAAGGCUCUGGCUGUUCGGGCGCCGUGGGAUGUGAUUAAUCUGGCAUGCGUCUGGGGCCUGUCACAAGAGCGCGGUAAAGAGGCUAUCUGCGAGGAAGCGAGAAAAACAGUCGCGCUGGCGAAGUUGAAGCGCACCAGCUGGCGUGGAAUUAUCGAUGUCAUUGACGGUGGAGAAAAGUCGAAACCGAAGACCGACAAGCCCGCGUCUAAACAAAAAGGCGCUGCCUCCAAGCAAAAGGACACCCCUCAAUCCGAGAGCAACAGCGACACUCUCAAGAGGAAAGCAUCUGUAGAGGAGACCGAAAAGCCACUGUCGAAACGGGAGAUGAAGCGCAGAGCUAAGAAAGCUCGGCUGGGAGUGAUUGACGGUGAAGACAGUGCGACAACGCCAGCCAAUAGCUAA